AUGCCAAGGGUCCCCGCAGUGUCCGCCCCGAAGCGGGUUGUUCGAACGUCGCCGGCGUCCGGCCAGACCACCACGCGAGCACUUAGACCUUUGCGCACUGGAGUCGACCACGUGCCCCAUUAUGUGUCUAAGGGUAUUAAGAUGCGACCGACAGCUCCAGCCACGAUACCUCUCAAAAUGACAUCAAGGAACGAGACGAACGCAGAUUUUGAGAUCGUCCAUGAGAACUGCACCAAGAUGAUCAAGUCGGCCGAAGAACGGCGUCAGCGACUUACGGCGCGCCUCACUGAGCAGCAGCGGGAAGCUUCCGAGGCUGAGCAGCGGUUUAGCACCGAACGGGCGCAGCUGAAUGCUAAGGUUCGGCAAAUCACCUUAGAAAAACAGAAAGCUAUCGACGAAGUCCGAAAACUGAGAGAACAAAACGUGGUCUUGCAACAACGCCUGGAUGCCGUCAGUUCGGAUUGCCAGAAUCAUGUCACGCGGGACGAACUCCACAUGACCUUGAAGGAACUGCAUAGCGUCUCGUCGUCGGUAACAGACAAGAUUGCUUCAAAGAUAAACGAGUCCCAAGAAUCUCAAUACGCGUACUUCGGCACCUGCUUACCCGGGACCGAUGUGGCUCAAGACUCGUGGACCGCGCAGACUGGCCAAUUUACCAUGGCGGAGAAUCCCAUUUUACCGGAGGGCACGGGGCGACUGUUUGAUGCAUCGAACCCUCAAAACCUCCCUGACUUUGACACAUACGGAACGAUCCCUGGCAGUAUGGGUUGACAUUGGGCGUCAAGCAGUCUGUUAUUAUCCCUAGUAUCAGUAUUCUCAAGCCG